AUGGAGACUAGCUCUACACCUUUUGUUGGGAGGAGAGAGAAGGAACCACCAAUGUUUAUUGAUUUAGCACUUAAUGGUCAGCCAUUAAGCAUGGAGCUGGAUACAGGUGCCACAUUUUCAGUGAUUAAUGAGGACACUUACAGAUCGUUAGGGAAAGAUCCACCCAAACUAGGACCUCCUCAUACCUUGUUACGUACUUACCCAGGUGAGAAGAUACCUCUGCUUGGUUCAUGCUCAGUGAAAGUGAACUACGGCAAACAGUCAGCAGAACUGCCAGUGAUUGUAAUGAAAGGGAGAAGAGCUAAUCUCUUUGGUCGCGACUGGCUGCGACAUGUUCGUCUAGACUGGGGAACAAUCCUCAGAGUAGAUUGUGAUGAUGUGCAAAGUAUCCUUAACUCACAUUCCGAUGUCUUCAAGGAGGAACUUGGUGAGUUGAAAGAUACAAAAGUGAAGAUUAACAUAUCUAUUCCUUCACAACCACGCUUCUACAAGCACAGGAACAUGGCCUAUGCCUUGAGGGACAAGGUUGAGAAUGGACUUGAACGAUUAGAGCAGCAGGGUGUCAUAAAACCAGUGCAGUACUCAGAGUGGACAGCACCCAUCGUACCAGUGUUGAAGUCGGAUCAGUCUUCAGUGCGCAUAUGUGGAGAUUACAAACUAACAGUCAACCAGGUUGCUAAACCAGAUUGUUACCCAAUACCCAGGAUUGAGGACUUAUUUGCAUCACUCUCAGGUGGUCGCAAGUUUACGAAAUUGGACAUGAGUAAUGCCUACCAGCAGAUAGUGUUGGACGAUGAUUCCAAGAAACUCACCACAAUUAACACCCAUAAAGGUCUAUACGAGUACCAACGAUUACCUUUUGGGGUGUCGGCAGCUCCUGCUAUCUUCCAGCGGACAAUUGAAUGUCUUCUCAGCGACUUGCCACAUGUGUGCGUCUACCUCGAUGAUAUUCUCGUCACAGGUGUUGAUGAUGCAGAACACAACAAGAAUCUGAAUGAAGUCCUUGACAGAUUGCAGAAAGCAGGUUUGCGUCUAAACGCUUCAAAGUGUCACGUCAAGAAAGACUCAGUCACUUACCUGGGACACCGGAUUGACGCACAGGGACUGCAUCCAUUAGAGGAGAAGGUAAACGCUAUUGUGUCCGCACCAGCUCCUCAGAAUGUGACAGAGUUAAAGUCAUUCCUUGGGAUGGUACAGUACUACCAGAGAUUCCUGCCAAAUCUCUCCACGACGUUAGUGCCACUACAUGGGUUACUACAAAAGGACGCUCCAUGGUCAUGGACCAAGAAGCAUGAUACAGUAUUUCUAAAGGUGAAAUCUCACUUGUCUUCAUGUAAGGUCUUGACUCACUACAAUCCAGACCUUCCUCUCAACUUAGCAGCUGAUGCUUCUCCAUAUGGAGUUGGUGCCGUCCUGUCACACAUCAUGCCAGAUGGUACUGAGAAGCCUGUGGCGUUUGCGUCACGUUCCUUGUCACCUGCAGAAAAGAACUAUUCACAGCUUGAUAAAGAAGCACUGGCAAUAGUGUUUGGCAUAAAGAAAUUUCACCAGUAUUUGUUCGGACGAAACUUUCAGCUGUUAUCAGAUCACAAACCCCUCAUGGGUCUACUUGAUGCAGAGAAAGGCAUUCCAGUGAUGGCGUCAGCCAGACUCCAGAGAUGGGCCUUGAUGCUGGCAGCGUAUGAUUACAGUAUUGUGUAUAAACCAGGCUCAAAGUUAGCAAACGCAGAUUGUUUGAGCAGAUUGCCUUUGCAAACCUCUGUGUCUGUGCCGCCUGUUCCAGGAGACACAAUAAUGCUCCUCGAGAACAUGGCAGAAUUCCCAGUGAAUGUGCGACAAAUUCAGUUUUGGACAAGGAAGGAUCCCUUGUUAGCUAGAGUGAAGAAGUUAGUGGAAUGUGGUUUUCCAGAAAACCUGAAGCCAGAUACAGAGCUAAAGCCAUAUAUUCAGAAGAAAACUGAGCUAAGUGUUCAGGAUGGUGUGAUUCUGUGGGGUAACAGAGUAGUGGUUCCACCUCAGGGUAGGAAACAGUGUGUAGAUGUGUUGCAUGAAGCUCACCCUGGAAUAGCUAGGAUGAAAGCUAUUGCCAGAGGUCUUGUAUGGUGGCCGUGCAUUGAUUCAGAGCUGGAGAACAAGGUCAGGACUUGUUCCAUAUGUCAGGAGAGUCGUUCUUCACCCUGCGAAGCAAAGUUACAUCCGUGUGACUGGCCGUCUAAACCAUGGUCACUUCUGCACAUUGAUUAUGCAGGUCCCUUACAAGGUCAAAUGUUCCUCAUCAUCGUAGACUCUCACUCUAAGUGGAUGGAUGUUUUCCCUGUCAACAGUGCAACUACGAGUGCCACUCUUGAGUGUCUUCGGAGAACAUUUUCCAUUCAUGGUCUACCUGAGACAAUAGUGUCUGAUAAUGGGACAUGUUUCACAAGUGAUGAAUUUGCUAUAUUCAUCAAGAGAAAUGGAAUUAAACACAUCUGUACAUCCCCUUACCAUCCAGCGUCCAAUGGACUGGCAGAGAGGAGUGUCCAUACGUUCAAACAGGGAUUUAAGAAGCUCAGCGGCGGUUCCAUCAACACCAGGGCGUCAAGAUUCCUGUUCAGGUAUCGUAACACUCCGCAGACUACGACAGGGCCAUCUCCAGCGCAGUUACUAUUGGGAAGACGUCCACGUUCCCAUCUUGACUUGCUUCACCCUGACAUCGGUGUUAAAGUUCAGCAUAAACAAGAGAAGCAGGCAAACUACCACAAUAGACAUACAAAGUCACGGGAGUUCGCUGUCGGUGAUCUUGUUUACGUCAGGAACUUUCUUGGUUACCAGGGGAGAUAA